CGCGACGCCAGAGCCAUGAGUCGCCUGGGCUCGGUGCAACAGAAGGUGCCCUGCCUGUUUGUGACUCAGGUGAAAGAGGAGCCCUCGGCCAAGCGGGAGCGCCAGCCUUUUAAAGUGUUGGCCACUGAAACGAUUACACAGAAGGCAUUAGAUGCAGAUAUAUACAAUGCAAUUCCAACUGAAAAGGUGGAUGGAACUUGCUGUUACAUAACUACGUACAAAGGGCAACCGUAUCUUUGGGCCCGGUUGGAUAGAAAACCCAACAAGCAAGCCGAAAAAAGGUUUAAACGGUUCCUGUUUUCAACAGACAACUCUAAAGGAUUUACUUGGGAUAUUGAAGACGACUUCAAGCCUGUCCCUGAAUGCUGGAUUCCAGCAAAGGCAAUAGACCACUACAAUGGGAAGCCUUUUCCUGAUGAAAAUGGACAUAUUCCAGGUUGGAUGCCAGUGGAGAAAAAUAGCAAACAGUAUUGCUGGCAUACUUCUGUUGUUGACUAUGAAUUUGAGCUCGGUCUUGUGCUGAAACACCACACUGAGGAAUCUGAUCUGUUGGAAAUAAGUCCAGUGCCCUUGUCUGAUCUUUCAGAGCAAACAUUGGAACUUAUUGGAACAAACAUUAAUGCAAACCCAUAUGGUUUAGGAAGCAAGAAACAUCCUGUGCACCUUCUUGUACCACAUGGAGCCUUUCAGAUAAAAACUCAACCUGCACUAAAUCACAAUGACCUGCUGUCUUGGUUCAAUGGAUGCAAUGAAGGGAAAAUUGAAGGAAUUGUAUGGCACUGCAGUAAUGGAUAUUUAAUCAAGCUCCAUCGACAUCAUCUUGGCUUGAACUGGCCAGUUGUGGACCCUUCUCUGACUUCUCAACCAGUUGUUGUCACUUUCAGUGGGGGCAAACAUGACUAUAAUUUUGAAUCAAAGACACUUUUUAAUUACUUUUCAAAGCUGGAUGGUCAGAGAUUCAGUAGUCUCAGAGAUAUAUUGUGGGAUCUGUGA